AUACGUAUAAAAAGAAAUUCACUGGUACACUGAAAGUGUGCCCUAGGCUCUUCCUUCUUUGUCCUGACGGCUUCGUCUUCGGCUCUUCACUUCAUCAGUUAAGAAUCCCCAUCCACCCGGCAGCCAUCAACAUACCGACGCCCACGGCACUUAACUAGCCGCGCCACGCCACGCCACCACACCGUCGUCGAAGGUCCCACCUUCUCCGGCGAUUGCAGCAAGUGAGUGAAAUAUAACAAGAAUGGCAACCAAGGCUAUGUAUCUUUCUGUGACUAAUCAGUCUUUACUCUCAAGUCCUGCAACUACAAAAUCACUACAAGUUAGAUCAUUCACUGUGAGAUGCUCCACUGGUGCUGCCUCCACGGGUGUUCCAGUUUCUGCUCCUUGGAAGGUCUCAGAUGCUAGACUUGUGCUUGAAGAUGGAUCCAUCUGGAAGGCCAAAUCAUUUGGUGCUUCUGGGACUCAAGUUGGUGAAGUUGUAUUUAAUACUUCAUUAACAGGGUAUCAAGAAAUUCUUACAGACCCAAGCUAUGCAGGCCAAUUUGUCUUGAUGACAAACCCACACAUUGGCAAUACUGGAGUGAAUAUUGAUGAUGAAGAAUCAAUCAAGUGCUUCCUGGGUGGUUUAGUAAUUAGAAGUUUGAGUAUCAGCACUUCAAACUGGAGAUGCACGGAAUCACUUUCUGACUAUUUGUCAAAAAGGAACAUCAUGGGAAUAUAUGAUGUUGACACUCGUGCAAUAACCCGGAGGUUACGGGAAGAUGGAAGUCUGAUCGGUGUCUUGAGCACAGAAAAAUCAAAGACGGAUGAAGAACUUCUGGAGAUGUCACGCACAUGGGAUAUCGUUGGUGUGGAUUUAAUUUCUACUGUCUCUUGUAAGAAGCCUUAUGAAUGGGUUGGGAAGACCGAUAUGGAAUGGGAUUUUAACUCCAACAAAAGACAUGGCGACGCUUUUCAUGUUGUGGCAUAUGAUUUUGGGAUCAAGCACAAUAUAUUGAGGCGAUUGGCAUCCUAUGGUUGUAAAAUCACGGUUGUUCCUUCAACAUGGCCAGCAUCCGAGACUCUUAAAAUGAAACCAGAUGGGGUACUUUUCAGCAAUGGACCAGGUGACCCUUCUGCUGUACCAUAUGCUGUUGAGACAGUGAAGGCUAUUAUCGGAAAUGUUCCUGUUUUUGGAAUUUGCAUGGGACAUCAGUUGCUUGGUCAGGCCUUGGGUGGGAAGACAUAUAAAAUGAAAUUUGGUCAUCAUGGAGGAAAUCAUCCUGUUCGUAACCUCAGAAACGGAAGUGUUGAGAUUAGUGCCCAGAAUCACAAUUAUGCGGUUGAUCCUGAAUCACUUCCAAAUGGAGUGGAAGUGACUCAUGUGAAUCUGAAUGAUGGAAGCUGUGCAGGUCUUGCCUUCCCUCAACAAAAGCUCAUGUCUCUUCAAUACCAUCCGGAAGCUUCUCCUGGACCCCAUGAUUCAGACCUUGUAUUUGAUGACUUUAUGGAGCUAAUGAAAAGGGAAAAGGCAAGUACAUGAGUUGUAGUUGAUGCAAAUCUUGACAAAAAGUAGUAGAAGACUUUUAUUUAAUGCAAAACCAUCAAGGAUUAAGAUUCCGAUGUUCUUUUUUUAUAAGAUUUCAUCAACUAUUUGGUUUUGUAUGCAAAGUUGUGUUUGGUACAUUGAAUGAGACUGGAUUGGACCGGACAA